ACCUCUCCGUCCCACCUUUCGUUCCUGCAUUUAACAUCGGUAUAUAUCGGAAACCCUAGAUCAGAUCGGGGUCGUAUUUGCAUCCGGGAGGCGCCGCAAAUUUGUACCCAGGCCACGACCAUGGAGCGCCACGGCUCCCCUUCAGCGGGGCGUCCCCGUCCCGUCGACCUCGCGAAGACGAAGGUGGUCGUGGCAAUGAGCAAGGGAGAAGAGUCAGAGAGGAGGUAUUUUACUCGUCUCAUUGAAGAGAUGGAGAUGGAGGAGGAGGAAGAGGAGGAGGAGGAGGAGGAGGAGUCCGGUAAAAUUACAAAGGAGAGGCCUCUUCCACACAUUGUCAAGUACCAUGAUCUCUUGGAGAAAUUAUGGGGGUGGGACAGGCUGCUUGACUUGGGGAUUGCCGUGCCCUUGUCUGUCUAUACCACAUACCUUGAAGAGUAUCACCGUCACAAUGUGCAUGCAGCUACUACAUUCACGAGCCUAUCUGCUCCCGCUGGGACUUGUCUCACGAAUGAGAAGCGACUUGUAUCUGCGUUGAAGCUCCGGGUGGAAACUGAACAGGAGACGAGCUUGAUGAUAUGGAGAUCAAUCAUUCCGAGUUGCCUGAUCCAGGAGCAUGCACGUUCAGUGGUCCACACAGCAGAUUGCAGCUUUUCUGAUGUUUCUGGUGUGGCUUUGUUGUGUAUUGCUAAGGAGGCUGAGCUGAUGUUUGAGUUCCUGAGGCUUGAAGCACCCAUUGAUGAUGAAUUAAUCACCCAGUGCACAGCAAUACGCUUGUGUGCCUUGAGCCUUACGAACUGCACUCGGGACAAUUCUGUUUCUGCAUCCGCUGUUAUGUUGGGUAUGGUGAAGGAGGCUGAAAUGAUGUGUUCGUGGAUGCGUAAAAAUAAUAAGCCUAUUGAUUUCUCUUUUUAUGCCGCACCUAGUGAGAUGUGGGACUGCAAUGUUAUCCGGCGCAGUACCAUGGAAUUUAUGGUCAACAAAUUACUAAAAAAUUCUUCGGCUGCCAAGCACAAGACUGUUAAGGAAGAACCUGCUGCUGAGCACAUGACUGUCAAGGAAGAACCUGCUGCUGAGCACAUGACUGUUACGGAAGAACCUGCUAGAAGUGGUCCUGGGGGUGAUGGGGAUAAUAUUGCUGCUGAUGGAGCAGCAAACACCACAGGGGGUUCUCAGUAUAAGAAAGGUGCUGAGAAGAGUAACAAGUGGAAAGGUGGUGAGAAUUUCGGUGGUGAGAAGAGUAAUAAGAGGAAGAGGAAAGAAGAAGAUGUUUUGGGUAAAAUAUGGUGUUGGGAAAGGCUGGUGAUUCCACCAGACAGUUCUGUUAAGUGGUCUGACUAUAGGAGCUACCUUGAGAAGUAUUAUGAAAGCAAUGCUUCUGGGUUCGUUGCUGCUGCUGCUGCUAAAAAUCCGCAAAAUGUUACUGACAUGGGCCUUGCUGUUGCCAAAUUUUGUCUCGAGAUGGAGGAGGAACUCCUGUCUGUGUGGAAUACUCAAGUGUUGCAUAGGUUUGGUGAGCCCGUAGCAGCCUGCGCUAUCGUGGAGAGUAGCCUGAUCAAGGAGCAUGCGCUUUUAAUCUGUGGCACAGGGGCUGAAUUGGAUCUUCCUUCUGCCAUUGCUUUUGUGUGUAUUACCAAGGAGGCUGAACUGAUGUGUGAGCUGCUGAAGCAUGGUGCUCAGCCUUCUUCUCAAUUCAUCCAGCUGAGCAGCGUAAUCCGCAUAUGCGCCUUGGGCCUUCUCAAAGGACACCAAUCUUUUGCUUCUGCUGCUGCAAUGAUGGGUUUGGCAAAUGAGGCCGAAGAGAUGUGCGAUUGGAUGAAGAGAGAGAACAAGCUUGUUACCUUAAGCUUGCCCGAGCAGCGUGGACUCGAGGUUUCCCACUUGAUCCGGAAUACAGCCUUGGAUGUUAUGGCCAGCAUAUUGCAUGAGUCUUCCUUCCCAUCCUCCAAGACGCCGGAUGAUGCAAUGCCAUGACUAAACAAUGCCGGAUUGGAUCAAGGAUGGGAUCCACAUGGAUUUGAUGUUUGCUCUUUUUACUGGCCUGGAACACUAGCUAUAUGGUCCUAGUAUGUUUUGUAAUACAUUUUUAUGCUUCGGAGAUCUGUGUUUGAUCUACUGGGUUAACAACCUGCUGGGUUAUGCGUGUCAAUCCAAUAGCUAGUACAACCAGUCAACCAGUAUGUGGCACCAUUCGAUCUUGUAUAUCAAUCGUGAUACUAUGUUGCGCUAAAUAAAUCUGUGAACUGGUGGGUGACACCGGACUGGUCUAGUUA